AUGAUGAUGAAGAUGAACCGUGUGAUGUGUGUGUUGGCCGUUGUGCUGUGCUGCACCUGCGGGUAUACCAUGGCUGCUGCUGCUGAAGUGGCACCGAAGCCGAAUGAUAUUGAGGGCUUGUAUUCCCCGUGGGAUGGAGAACCUAUUAGUUCAAUCAUGGAGUGUACGAAUGGGCCCAAAGAAAACAGGAAUAUGGAUUGCACAGAGUUUUUAAAUGAUAGAACGAAAUGGCAAAGUGAACGUUCACAGCGUGUUAAGCAACAAACAUCCUCUAGAGUAACUGAGACCCGUGAUGCACUGGGUACACUUCAACGACCUUCUGCAGGUUCAGAUGGACAUGCAGCAGGUGAAGGAGAAACUACAACAGGCAUCAAUGGUGAUCAAAGAAGUAAUUCUCAUGAGAACGGGAGAGAGAAUACGGUACUGUCCGCUGAGGAACUAAAAACUGGUAAACUUUCCAUACAACCAGGUCAGUCAGAAAAUCAGUCUCCUUCAAGUGCUAUUGGUAACAAGGAAGAAAUUACUGUUCUCUCUCCGCACUCUAAUAAUGGACAAAGUGGCAGCGGAGGUCCACAUGAUCAAGAAACCGGA